UAUGGGUUAGCCUACUGUUCUGAGCUUUAAAAACGACACUGUCCAAUACACGUGCUACUUUGUAGCUAGUGGGCCAGUACUGUUAUGUGUGGGCUGCGGGGUUCUACCAUUGGUUCCCAUGGAGGGUUUUACGCCGUGCUACGUCACCAGCCGACUAUAGGGAGGGUUGUUUUUCUCUCCAGUGACAAGAGGAGUAUCUGCACAGCACUUUAGCACACCGCCAAGCGGAAGAUCAAAUGACGGAAAGGUUCCGUUCGCUAUUACAAUGUAAUAGUUGAAUUGGAAUAAGAAACGCAGAUUUACCGAUACAGCGGAAGACAUUUGAAUGGCUAAAAUACUCUGAACCGACAAUUCGUCGUCAAUAAUUCUCAGACCAUGAACUACGUGGGCCAGUUGGCGGGCCAGGUGUUUGUGCAGGUGAAGGAGCUGUACCGGGGCCUGAACCCGGCCACUCUUUCAGGCUGCAUCGAUGUCAUCGUGGUACGGCAGCCCGACGGCACCCUGCAGUGCUCGCCCUUCCACGUCCGCUUCGGCAAGAUGGGAGUGCUGCGCUCCCGUGAGAAAGUGGUGGACAUAGAAAUCAAUGGAGAGCCUGUGAGUCUACAAAUGAAGCUGGGGGAGAACGGAGAAGCCUUCUUCGUCAAGGAGACAGAGAACACACAGGAAGUGGUUCCAUCAUACCUGGCGACGUCUCCUAUCGUGUCCCAGGGGGCGGAGCUAAUGGAAGCUCAGCUGGGGAGGGGUGUGUCCCGCCUCUCUGACCCCGCCUCCCUCCAGGUCCAGACCCUGGGCUCCCAGCAGACCACAGGAGGAGGAGGAGGGGAAGGAGGGAUGAUGAUGAAGAAGAGGAGGAAAAGGAGGAGGAAGGCACGGGAAAGCGGAGGAGGGAGACGGGAGGAGAGUGGGGAGUACUCAGAGGAUGAGGACAUGUUCACCAUCGACAUGAGCACUGAUGAGGAGAGAGAGCACGACAACAACAGUAGCAGGGCCUCUUCUCGGGAGCUCAAUGGAGAGCAGGGCCCUAAGGCCAGUGUGUUGAGCAGCAACUACACCCAGAACACAACAUACACACACUCUGACGCAGACUGGGCACGCUCACAGAGUGCUAUAAUAGAGCAGACACGUACUCUGUCUAUCCCUCCUAGCGGUGGUCUGUCCAUCUCCUGUCCACAGCAGACGUCUGUCUUCCCUUCUCCUGUCAGCAGCCCCGGUGGUUCCCGCCCCUCCACUCCGAAGAGUGACUCGGAGCUGACCAAUCAAAGCAAAGACAACCCUGAGAUUCUGUGGGCCUGGGGGGAGCUGCCACAAGCUGCCAAGCCCUCCUACCUCCCUCCAUCCCAGAUGCAAGAUUCUGGGAUGAAGUCCCCUGUCUCCAUCCCUGUGUGUGACAGCACACACUUCAGGACCAUCCCCGGAGACUGUGGCCCCCCUGGCCAGACCCAGAGCCACCCAGACAAUGGCCCCCCAUCCCUCAACCCAUACAUGCCCCAGCCUGGGAACAACACGGCUGGGCCCGGGGCUGGAGGGGACAUGGAGUUAGUAGGGGCAGCCUGUAGAGAGGUGGAGGGGCUGAUGGCCUCCAGGUUGUUGUCAGAACUGGAUGAGGGGGGCAGCCCGGUCAGACGCACAGACUCCCCAUCCAAGAGGAAAGACAAGAGGAGCCACCACCUGGGCUCGGAUGGAAUCUACCUGGAUGACAUCACUGAACUGGAGCCAGAGGUGGCUGCUCUGUACUUCCCUAAAAGUGACGGUUCAGUGAGAGGGGGCUCGGAGACAGGGGCCCGGAGCGCCAACCAAUCACCUCAGUCGGUGGGCAGCAGUGGGAUGGACAGCGGUGUGGACAGCUACUCUGACCAGCUGGGAGACAUGCCCAACAUCGCCAUCUCCCUGUGUGGAGGUCUCACUGACAACAGAGAGAUCACAAAAGAACAGUUCCAGGAGAGAGCCAUCUCUUACCAGCAGUUCACUGAAAACCCCUCCAUCAUCGACGAUCCCAACCUGGUGGUCAAGAUUGGAACCAAGUACUACAACUGGACCACCGCAGCCCCUCUCAUGCUGGCUAUGCAGGUGUAUCAGAAGCCCCUGCCAAUGGCCACGGUGGAGAACAUCAUGAAGGAGAAGAUGCCCAAGAAAGGAGGCCGCUGGUGGUUCUCAUGGCGCAGCAGGAACAGCGACUCCAAAUCGGACUCAGUGUCUGAGAUAGGAGUUGGAGACGGGAGAGAGACCUCUCUCAACAUGGCUUCCGUCAAUGGAAUGAAGGAGGAGUCUUCCUCCAGCGAUGAGGAACACAGACCGUCCAAUCAAGAAUCCUGCCAGCCCGAGCCUCUUCUCACGCCUGGUAGUGUCUUCUACAGGAAGACCCUCAGACUGACCCCAGAGCAGCUGGCCAGUCUUCAGUUGAAGGAGGGUCCUAAUGAGGUGGUGUUCAGUGUGACCACUCAGUACCAGGGCACCUGUCGCUGCCAGGGCACCAUCUAUCUCUGGAGCUGGGACGACAAGAUUGUCAUCUCAGACAUUGACGGCACCAUCACCAGAUCUGACACCCUGGGCCACAUCCUGCCAACGCUGGGUAAAGAUUGGACCCACCAGGGCAUUGCCCGCCUCUACCACCGAGUCAGCCAGAACGGUUAUAAGUUCAUGUACUGCUCUGCAAGGGCUAUAGGUAUGGCUGAUAUGACGAGGGAAUAUCUCCACUGGGUCAACGAGAGAGGAACCAUGCUGCCUAUAGGACCUGUCCUACUCAGCCCCAGCAGCCUGUUCUCGGCCCUGCACAGGGAGGUGAUAGAGAAGAAGCCUGAGAGGUUUAAGAUUGAGUGUCUGACCGACAUCAAGCAGCUGUUCCACCCCAACACUGAGCCUUUCUACGCAGCCUUCGGCAACAGAGCCACGGAUGUGUAUUCCUAUAAGGAGGUGGGCGUUCCCCUAAACAGGAUCUUCACAGUCAACCCCAAGGGAGAGCUGAUACAGGAACACGCCAGGACCAACAUCUCAUCGUAUGGUCGUCUGUGUGAGGUGGUGGACCACGUCUUCCCCCUGUUGAUCAGAGGUCACGUCUCGGACUUCUCCUGCCCUGACACCUUCAGCCAGUUUACCUACUGGAGAGAACAGCUGCCCCAGAUCCACAGCCCUGAUCAGCCCCAGAUCCACAGCCCUGAUCAGCCCCAGAUCCACAGCCCUGAUCAGCCCCAGAUCCACAGCCCUGAUCAGCCCCAGAUCCACAGCCUUGACCAGCCCCUGGUGCACACCCCUGACCAGCCCCUGGUUCACACCCCUGACCAGCCCUUGGUCCACACCCCUGACCAGCCCUUGGUCCACACCCCUGACCAGCCCCUGGUUCACACCCCUGACCAGCCCUUGGUCCACAUCCCUGACCAGCCCUUGGUCCACACCCCUGACCAGCCCCUGGUUCACACCUCUGACCAUCCUCUGGGCAUCAGGUGUGGAGACCCACUUCCACACCAGACCACCCCAUAAGUGACCUGUGUGCAAUCUGGGAAGGAACGGGAGAGACACUUUUAUGAUGAUGACGGCGUGCAAAUGGAAGAAGCAUGUCUCUGCUCUAAUGUCACACACACACACACACACACACACACACACACACACACACACACACACACACACACACACACACACACACACACACACACACACACACAGCAAUGCAUAAGCAUAAGCAGACCUUAACACACACAUGGUUGCCAUGUGCACACUUAUGCACUAGUGGAAGUGUUCUCCGACAACAACAGGCAUGUUAACACUGAGUGGUAUUUCUAUGUACUCACCUUUCCUAUUUAUGUUCUACUCCUCAGUGUUCUGCUCUACAAUACCUACUGUUCAUCAGGUGUAAAAGGUGCUACUUGUAUACAUACACUUGUAGUAGCUGGAACUCCGACAAGAAGCACUGAUUCAGUCAACCUGGGGGAAAUCACUGUGAAGAACAGCCCAUCAAUGACAGCUAUUUCACCCAAUUAGCAUUGCCUGAUUGAUUCAAGCACUUUUAGUCUCCAAUGUGGGUACAGUCAACCACUUUCAGAUCUAACGUUCACAUAAAGUGCGAAUAUAAUAAAUGUCAAACAAAGCAGGAUUAAGCUCAACAAGCGCUGGGAAUAUUAUAGCGCAUGGCGAUAAUUCAGUUCACCCGUUCGACCUCCAAACGUUUGUCAAUAUAAUCAAAACAAAUGUUAUUUGUCACAUGUGCCGAAUAUUACCGUGAAAUGCUUACUUCCAAGCCCUUAACCAACAGUGCAGUACAAGAAAUAGAGUUAAGUAAAACAUUUAAUACAUGUGUUUUAAAGCACGUUUCCGUUCUAGUAAGUAGCAUUCUAUAUUCGGUUUUUAUUCUUUCGGUUUUUUUGUCAUGUUCUGUGUAGAUAUGUUAGUGAUCGACUGAACUGAAACAGGUAACCGGUGCAGCUCUUCACUAUUAUUAACAAGGCACAGAGGAGGGCUGUCUCUCUCGUUGAUGCCUCUCGCCCAUAGUCAUCAAUAGUCCUUAAAUGGUCGUGUAACCAAACACCUGAGAAAAGGCUCAUGUGAAACUGACGUUACUCUGACAGUAAGCAGUGCAAGAAAACUCAGGUUGUCCGUUUCAGCAGUCGUCUUCGUUUCUCCACUCGUCACGGUUUCCACGGACCGUGACACAUAUGUUAUCAAAUCAAAUUGCAUUUGCCACCUGCGCUGAAUACAACAGGUGUAGACCUUAACUGUAAGAUCUACACCUGUUAUAUAUGGGGCGCAUGUGACAAAAACAAUUUGAUUUGAUGACCUAUCCGAUUCUCUCUGUGUGCAGUGUCAUUGUUUUGGCUAACGUUAACAGAUAAUGUUGUGCAGACAGUAGAAAACAUAUUAUGUCCUCUGCUUUGGUUGUCCAUCAUCUUAAACUCUGUGUGUAACUGCGAGAUGAGAGAAAUCUACAAAUGUAUGAACUGUUUAAUUCAUUUCACAUUUUUAAGCAAGCAGCUUGUGAACGCACUUGGAUUUGGGCUUUGGUUUUUAUUUCAUUUUAAAUAUUGUGUUUAUGUGAUUGAAUCUGAAUAGAGUUUUGAUGUUCAUUCUCACUUUUGUAUAUAGUGCAACCUUUUUUAGCGAUCGAAUUCAGAAACAUUGUCAGUAAGUGGCUGGCUGCUGGACUACAGUAGUUUGACCUUAAGGCGAACAACAUUUUGCACUGACAGACUAUAGUGUCCACUGAAGCGAAACCAUUGAGAUAUUCUCCAGUAAACCAAUCAACAUUCUCCUGAAUUCUAGAAUCUACUACUUAGAUACAAAGAACUUAGACACGUAGCUUCAAUUGAACUGAUGUUCCUUGUAAUUUCAGCAAUUAGAAUUCACAACAACCUUGACGGUUCUGAACCUCCUCAAAGGGUUUAAAGCACAAAGCACUAACGACAUAGUCCGUCUGUCCAUCAGAUCUCUGUUGUGAACAGAGGUGGCAGUAUGUUUCUAUGGGUGGCUACCGUGGAAUGUGUAUCAACAUAUGUAUAUUGUGCAAUUGCCAAUGUUAUCCUGUAUGUAGUAUGUAUGGAUAUACAAGACGUCCUGCAUUACCGGAAUGAAUACUAACACUGUGAUACAGUAUUUCUCUCUUUUUUUUAUUGAUCAUAUUGAUGACCACUAUAAAACCUGAUUGCAUCACUAUGAAGGAGAGAAGGUUCCCACCGUCCCUGUGUCGUAUGCCAUAUUGAUUACUUUCAAAACCUUUACAUUCACUUUGGUUGAAUUGACUACCAGUGGGAUGGUUGAAACAUCCAUUAACAUGGUUCAGGAGAAUUGUGACAUAGCGACUAAUGUGAGAUGUUGGAUUUACCACCAACCGAAGAGGUGUGUUGGUAUUAGGAGGAUAACGGAUGGAUGGAUGAGUCAAUGGAGGCAUGUGAUAUCACUGUUGUGUUUUGUUUACUCCGCCUCUGUGUCAUUGUGCUCUGUUCUCCCUUUACUGUCACAAGAUUUGUUCCAAGUAUGUUAAAGUACUACUGUAUAUUCAGAUUAAAUGACUGUAUUCUUUCUGUGAAAGAUCUAUAUAAACAACGAGUUUGUUGCCUUACAGUAUGCCGUGGCUGUCUCUGCCCUCGUUAGUUUGUUUCUGAGAUGUACAGAGUCAAUUACUCUAGCACUGUGUCAUGUUGUAUAGGUUAACAAUCCAGUCUGACAAUAACUAUAUUGAAAAUAAGUUUCUCAAUAAAUGCAAAGUUGAUUGUUGAUGGA